CUGCAUGAAUGGACAUUUGAAAGUGCUCUUGUCAAACACUUGCAAACAUGGAGACCUCAUCAAUGCUGUCCUCAUUGAAUGAUGAGUGUAAAUCAGACAACUACAUCGAACCUCACUACAAGGAAUGGUAUAGAUUAGCCACGGAUACGUUGAUUGAACAUGGAUUAGAAGCAUACCAAGAAUUUCUUGCUAAGGAGCGAGUGUCAGACUUUCUAGCUGAGGAAGAAAUAAAUUAUAUUUUGAAAAAUGUUCAGAAAGUUGCACAAAGUACAGCACAUGGGACUGAUAACUUCUGUGAUGAUACAUCAUCUUCAGGGACUUACUGGCCCAUUGAGUCUGAUGUGGAAGCUCCAAAUCUUGACCUGGGCUGGCCGUAUGUUAUGCCUGGACUCUUAGGUGGAACCCAUAUAGACCUCCUCUUUCACCCACCUAGAGCACAGCUACUGACCAUAAAGGAAACUAUUCGGAAGAUGGUGAAAGAAGCAAGAAAGGUCAUUGCUUUAGUGAUGGAUAUAUUUACAGAUGUGGACAUUUUCAAAGAAAUAGUGGAGGCAUCAACUCGUGGUGUAUCUGUGUAUAUUCUGCUCGAUGAGUUCAAGUUUAAUCAUUUUCUAUCUAUGACUGAAAAACAGGGCUGUCAAGUUCAACGUCUCAGGAAUAUUCGAGUACGAACAGUAAAGGGCCAAGAUUAUCUUUCAAAAACAGGAGCAAAAUUUCAUGGAAAACUGGAACAGAAAUUUUUGUUAAUUGACUGCCAGAAAGUGAUGUAUGGCUCCUACAGCUACAUGUGGUCCUUUGAAAAAGUUCACCUCAGCAUGGUUCAGAUAAUCACAGGACAACUUGUUGAGUCCUUUGAUGAAGAAUUUAGAACUCUCUAUGCCAGAUCCUGUGUCCCCACUUCAUUUGCUCAGGAAGAAUCAGCAAGGGUAAAGCAUGGGAGAGCACUCUGGGAGAAUGGCAAUUACCAGCGUUCGGUUUCUUCAUUAGCUUCUGUUUCCAGCCAAAGAAACCUUUUUGCUAGGCAAGAUAUCAGUCACAAACUAGAUUCGAACUACUUCAAAAACAGAGGGAUUUAUGCUCUAAAUGAACAUGACAAAUAUGGCUUAAGAAAUCAUGGAUACAAACCACAUUUUGUUCCAAACUUUAAUGGUCCAAAUCCAGUCCGCCAGCAUCAACCCAAUCAGAUGAGUGAGAAUUGGAAGAGGCAUAGUUACGCAGGGGAACAGCCAGAGACAGCGCCAUACCUGAUGCUUAACAGAGCUCUGAAUCGCAACAUUAAUCCUCCUGGUAGUUGGAAAAGGCCUUCAGAUAGUCUCAGUGUGGCGUCCUCAUCGCGGGGAGGCUAUAUCAGUCACCAUAACACACCUGCACAGAGUUUUGCUGACCGCCUUGCACAGAGAAAAACAACAAACCUUGUUGAGAGGAAUUCAAAUAUGCGGAGGUCCUUUAACGGGACAGAUAAUCAUAUUCGCUUCUUGCAACAACGAAUGCCAACCCUUGAACACACCACCAAGUCAUUCUUGCGUAACUGGAGAAUUGAAUCCUACUUGAAUGAUUCCGAAGCAGCACCUGAUGCAAACGGAUUGGCUCUAGGUGACCGGUUUGAUAGCUACGAUGGGAAUGAGAAUUUGAAAGCCAAUGUCCUCUAUAAUCAUUCUCGACUCCGUUCCUCUUUUGUGUUUAAACCAACGUUACCUGAGCAGCAGGAAGUCAGCAGCUGUACAACUGGUUCCUCAAACUCAACUGUCAUUGGUUCCCAAGGAAGUGACACACCUAAAGAGGCUCCAGACACCCCUAUAGCUGUACAGCGUUCUACAGAUAAACCCUUGCCAGAAUCCAUCCCCAAGGAACCGUCUCCAUUAGAGGCACCAAAAAUGCACAUUUUGCAGGUUCCUGAAAGCCACUCCACAGUGUUAAACCAAACUACAAAUGGCCACACAGAGACAAAUAACUACUUGUAUGCAACAUUGUGUGUAAAUAAGCAGACAGAAAACCUAAAGAAUCAACAAAAUGAGAACGUGCUUAAAAGGCGAAGUUUCCCAUACUUUGACCAUUCAAAAGCCAAUUUGGAUCACGGCAACAAUAAGCAUUACGUCUAUAGUACUCUUACUAGGAAUCGAAUUAAACAACCAGAGAAACCCAAAGAGGAUUUGCUGAAAAGUUCCAAAAGCAUGCACAAUGUGGCCCACAGCGGGGAAGAGGAGGAGGAAGAGAUCAAGAGAGAUCCGGCAGGAACCACUGCUACCAAGUCAAUUUCCAUUGCUGCUUUGCAUGAUGUGAACAAAGAAGAACCUAGCAAAGAGAUCAUUUCAAAGAAGGAAGUUAAGGGUUCCCCAAGUUUUUUGAAAAAGGGAUCUCAGAAGCUAAGAUCAUUACUUAGUCUUACCCCUGAAAAGAAAGAAAGUCUAUCCAAAAAUAAGGGGCCUGCCUUUUAUAAAAUGUGUAGUAGUUCUGAUACUUUGGUUUCUGAGACUGAAGAGAACCAGAAACCAAAAAUAUCAGAACCCAAAACUGAGGCCUCUCCUAGACGAAAGCGGUCUUCCUCAUCAAACUCACAAGGCAGCAUUCAUAAGAGUAAAGAAGAUGUAACAGUUAGUUCAUCUCAGGGGAGAAGUUCUCCAUGUGAGGAAAGUAAUAAAAUAAUCCCAUCACCAGGGGCAGCUGAAAGAAAGUUCUUGGAAAGGGCAGGAGAUGCCUCUGCCCCAAGGUUUAACACCGAACAGAUCCAGUACAGAGAUUCAAAGGAGGUAAACACAGUUGUUGCUCCUGAAAGAAAACCAGCUUCUCCAAGACCCAAAUCCAGUGAGCUACUAAGAUCUCAGUCAACUGAUCGGCGUGUUUACAGUCGUUUUGAGCCAUUUUGUAAGAUCGAGAGCUCUGUUCAGCCAACAAGCCACUUGCCAAACUCCACUAUACACCGCCCAGAAAUAAAAUCCCCUACCAUGGGCAAUAGUUACGGAAGGUCCAGCCCAAUGCUAAAUUACAAUCCUACUGUUUAUCAUUCAUAUCAGCCAAAUGAAAACAAGUUUCGAGGAUUUAUGCAGAAAUUUGGGAACUUCAUACACAAAAAUAAAUGA